AUGCUCUCCGCUCUUCCCAUGCACGCCGCCAUGCCAUCCAACUCCACGGACUACGACAUGCAGGACGACCACAGCGACACCUACUCCGUCCUCUCCUCCUCCUCCCGCUUCGCCCCCAGCAUCGCCAGCUCCGCCACCUCCUGCGACUGGGAAAUGCGCUCUGCGUCUCCCGCCCCCUCUGUCUACUCCGUGACCAGCUCCCUCCGCGCUGCCUCCUACCGCCACGAAUUCGGCCGCGGCAUCAACAACUACUCGGACGUUUACCGCCUCCCCGCCGACGACGAGGAGUUUGAGCGACUCGACCUCCAGCAUCUCAUGUUCAUGGAGGUCAUGGGCAAGUACCCCCCGCCCCUCCCCGACAUUCUCAGGGACGAUAUCCCUGGCGAGCAAAAAACUUGCGUAGACCUCGGCUGUGGCAGCGGCAGCUGGUCAGUCCCUGUCUUUCCCUCCUCUCCUCUACCCCCCGUCCUCAUCCCCUCCAGGAUCCUUGAUGUCGCACGUGACUUUCCCCAUUGUUCUGCCGUCGCCGUCGACCUGGUUCCCAUGCAAUCAAUAAACAUGCCGCCAAAUUGCAGGAGCGAAGUGGACGACAUCAAUCUCGGCCUGCAGCACUUUUACGGCGACUUCAACGUCGUCCACGCCCGGCUCAUUUCCUCUGGGGUAAGUCCUGCCUUUUCGGCUCCGACUGCCGCACGCGCAGAUCUGGCCGAUCGGCGCGCAAUCUCCGUUUCUGAUCCAUUGCCCCCCCCCCUUUGGCCGUGCGUGCCUUCAUCUCAGAUCCGGGACUACGAGGGCUUGAUCGACCAAAUGGCGCAGGCCUUGCGACCCGGAGGCCUCCUCGACCUCACCGAGUUUGACUUUCGCGUGUACGACCUUAACAAAAAAGUCAUCUUGGAUCCAAAAGUCUCUGCCUUUGCACGCUGGAUGAACCUCUUGCAUGACGCCGUCCAGUACAGCGGUGGCGAGCCAGAUGCUGCCAACCAUCUCGAGACGUGGGUCUCGAGACACUCGAGCUAUGAGCAUGCUGUCUAUCGCGAGUUUUGGUUUGCGUCCUCGCCCUGGAGAGCAGGCCACGAUGCCGAAACCCGCUGGCAAAAUCGUAUCGCAAACGUCUUUAGGGACGACGUAUUGGCAUUCCUCAAGUCUGGCCGCACCCUUCUCCUCGGCACUGGCCUGCCAGAGAAGGUCGUGGACGAAGUCGAGGAGAAGGCGCGCACUGAGCUGAUGGAGGCGCGUGUACCAUCCUACGUCCGUGUCGAAAAUGUGUAUGCAAGAAAAAAGCACCAGCCAUAG